GUGGACACGAACAUUUUUUUCUGCUUUCUUGAUUAUCUGCUUAAGCCAAGCGUUCGAAUUCGACUUAAUAUAAUUGAAAGGAGUUGUUCUAAUAGUAACAUUCAUUGUAAGAAGCAUUCCAGCCUGAUUAUUUUCUUCAUCUUAUACCUUUUUCCUGUAACAUUUUGGUCUACUUUGUGUAUUACGGUAACGUGAAGGAGGUGUGUAUUCAAUGGGAACGUACCACUGUGCCAGCAAACCGGGAAGGAUUUUGUUGUGACAGCCGAGUAUAAACCCGGCGGGGGUGAAGACCAUAACUUAGAGUUUUUCCUUUCGGAUCAGCCAUGGCUUUCAGCAAAGGUUAUCGCAUCUACCACAAGCUGGAUCCCCCUCCUUACAGUGUCAUAGUGGAAACCAGGUCCCGGGACGAAUGCCUGAUGUUUGAAUCGGGGGCUGUUGCUGUUCUGUCGGCUGCAGAGAAGGAGGCCAUUAAAAGUACAUACACAAAGAUUGUUGAUGCUUAUGGAAUUCUUGGUGUACUUCGUCUUAACCUGGGUGACUCCAUGCUGCACAGCCUUGUGGUUGUGACGGGAUGCAGCUCUGCAGGCAAGGUGCAGGAUUCAGAGGUUUUCAGGGUCACACAGACAGAUUUUAUAUCACUGAGGAACGAUCCAGGAGACGAGGACAGAAUUGCGGAGGUCCGUAAGCUCUUAAACUCAGGUCACUUCUACUUUGCCUGGUCUUCCACUGGCGUCAGCCUGGACUUGAGUCUCAACGCACAUCGCAGGAUUCUAGAAGAUACCACAGAUAACCGCUUCUUCUGGAACCAGUCUUUGCAUCUGCACCUUAAACACUAUGGAGUUAAUUGUGAGGACUGGCUGCUGAGGCUGAUGUGUGGCAGUGUGGAGAUCAGGACCAUUUAUGCGGGGCAUAAACAAGCCAAGGCCUGCAUCUUCUCUCGGCUCAGCUCAGAGCGAGCUGGCACUCGGUUCAAUGUUCGAGGAGCAAAUGAUGACGGGCAAGUGGCCAACUUUGUGGAAACAGAACAGGUUAUUUUCCUUGAAGACAGAGUCUCAUCCUUCAUACAGAUCCGUGGGUCCAUUCCACUUUUCUGGGAACAGCCGGGAAUACAGCUCCCAGACUUCUUUGGUCAGGUUGGUUCCCAUCGUGUGAAACUCUCAAGGGGAUUUGAGGCUAAUGCCCCGGCUUUUGAAAGACACUUUGCUGCCCUGCGCAGGUUGUAUGGAAAGCAGGUGAUCAUUAACUUACUCGGAGGUAAGGAAGGGGAACACAUGCUCAGCAAGGCUUUUCAGAGUCACCUGAAGGCGUCGGAGCAUUCAGCCUCAGUGAAAAUGAUCAACUUUGACUACCAUCAAAAUGUGAAGGGUGGCAAAGCCGACAAACUCCACAGCGUUUUGAAGCCUCAGCUCCAUAAGUUCAUAGAGGAAUGUGGGUUCUUCUACUAUUCUGGGGAAACUGGCAUCGUAAGGACUCAGGGGGGGACCAUGAGGACUAACUGCCUGGACUGUUUGGACAGAACCAAUAGUGUUCAAGCCUUUUUUGGCCUUGAGAUGUUGACCAGGCAGUUAGAACAAAUGGGCCUGACAGAGAAACCCCAGUUGGUGGCCCGGUUCCAGGAGGUUUUUCGGACCAUGUGGUCUGUUAACGGGGAUUCCGUCAGUAAGAUCUAUGCGGGCACUGGUGCUCUGGAUGGCAAAGCCAAGCUUAAAGAUGGAGCGCGCUCCGUUACACGGACCAUCCAAAACAACUUCUUUGACACCUCCAAGCAGGAAGCCAUUGACAUCUUGAGACUGGGCUCCACGCUGAACAGUGACCUGGCAGACAAAGCUCGUGCUUUGCUCACCACUUCCAGUCUUUAUGUCACUGAGCCUGUCUUACAAUCAGCCUCUCCAAGGGUGUUGCUGGGAAUGUGUCAAAACUACCACAAAUACACGAGGCCGAAGCAAAUCCGCGUGUGUGUUGGCACCUGGAAUGUGAACGGGGGUAAACAGUUCCGCAGCAUAGCUUUUCGCAACCAAACACUCAACGACUGGCUUUUGGAUGCUCCCAUGAAAGCCGGGCAUCCUGAGUUCCAAGACAGCAAAGCCAACCCCAUAGAUAUCUUUGCCAUCGGAUUUGAGGAAAUGGUUGAACUGAAUGCUGGGAACAUUGUCAGUGCAAGCACCACCAACCAAAAACUCUGGGCAGCUGAGCUUCAAAAAAACAUUUCCAGGGACCACAAGUAUGUGCUGCUAGCCUCAGAGCAGCUUGUAGGAGUGUGUCUGUUUGUCUUCAUCCGCCCUCAGCAUGCACCUUACAUCAGAGAUGUAGCUGUAGACACGGUGAAAACUGGAAUGGGUGGGGCCACAGGUAAUAAAGGAGGUGUGGGCAUCCGCCUGCUGUUCCACACCACCAGCAUCUGCUUUGUGUGCUCCCAUUUUGCCGCUGGCCAAUCCCAAGUCAAAGAGAGGAAUGAUGACUACAACGAGAUCACGCGCAGACUCAGUUUCCCCAUGGGUCAUCUGCUGUACUCCCAUGAUUACGUAUUCUGGUGCGGAGACUUCAACUACCGAAUCAACCUGCCCAAUGAGGAAGUGAAGGAACUCAUCCGACAGCAGAACUGGGAGGCUUUGACGGCUGGGGAUCAGCUGCUGGAGCAAAAAAAUGCAGGAGCGAUCUUCAGGGGGUUUAUUGAGGGAAAGAUAGAUUUCGCCCCCACCUACAAAUACGACCUUUUCUCAGACGAUUAUGACACCAGUGAGAAGUGCCGCACUCCAGCUUGGACGGACCGCAUACUUUGGAAGAGGAGAAAGUGGAACUUCAGCAAAACGGCAGAGGAGCUGAAUGUUGUUGGGGCACCAUCCACUUCUGCAGAUAAUGAGGGGGAUCCAGAAUUUGCAUGGAGCCCUGGCGCUUUAAAGUACUACGGCAGGGCCGAGCUGAAGACCUCAGACCACAGGCCUGUUGUGGCAGUAAUAGAUGUGGACAUCCUGGAAGUGGACCCUGAGACUCGCCACCAGGUCUAUAAAGAUGUCAUUGGCAAGCAGGGGCCUCCAGAUGGCACCAUCCUGGUAUCGCUGUGCUCUUCUGGGCCUGAUGACUACUUCAGUGAUGACCUAAUUGACGAGCUUCUGGAUAAAUUUUCCAAUUUUGGAGAGGUCAUCCUCAUCAGAUUUGUUGAGGAAAAGAUGUGGGUUACUUUCCUGGAAGGUUAUUCUGCUCUGGCAGCUCUUUCACUGAGUGCUUCCACUGUUCUUGGAAAGGUGAUUGACAUUCGCCUCAGAAGCCCGGGCUGGAUCAAGAGUUUGGAGGAGGAGAUGAGUGUGGAGAGGAUCUUUGGAAGCAUGCCCACAUCAGCCAGUUCCACCCUGCUUGCCGAAGAUGCUGAUGUGGAUGAGGAUGAAUUUGACAUGGAGGGUGAAGUGGAUGAGGAGGUGGAGGAGAUCCUUCCACAGCACCUGCAGCCCGGAGCCGGCUCUGGUCCCGGUUCUUCUCCUCUGCCCUCUCCCCGCAGUAGUCCCUGUCCCUCACCCACCCACGGGGAACCCGCUGCUCCCAGCAGGCCCAGUCGUUCCCAACAACCCUCCCGACCAUCACAAGAAAUGGAAAUAAGUCCUUUGUCUCUGAGAUUGGAAUUUCCAGGACCUCCUGUUGACUUCCAGCCUGGCGCGCCCCCAUCUGGAAGCCUGGAGCCCAAACGGCCACCACCCCCUCGACCCGGUCCCCCUCCUGCUAGACCUGCUCCACCUCAACGGCCUCCACCACCAUCAGAGGCUGGUCCCAGCCCACUGCUUGGUAGGAGAGGCAGUGAAGGAUCAAAAAGCCCCGCUCUUCCUCGACCAGAUCCUCCUGCAGGUCGUGGACAAGCUGCUGCUGGGGCUCCAGGACCUGGAGGAGCUCCCAGACCUAAUAUUCCUCCUCGAGCUGGAGUGAUUAGUAUGCCCCCUCAGUCUCGCCCGCCACCUCCCUCUCACCCUGGAGCACCGCGGCCCAUCCCAGAGGUUCAUCCGGGGGCCCCUCGGCCGGUUCCAGAUACUCAUCCUGGAGCUCCACGCCCUAAUCCCAGUGCCCAAGUCAAACCACCAGACCUUCCUUUGGGUCCUCCUCCAUCAGGACCCCCUCCUGCAGCCCCCUUUACUUUAAAACCCCAGACUCAGUCCCCGCCGCAGCCUCAACCUCCCUCAUCUUCUGCUCAAUCACAACUCCCUCCGCCCAUGCAGCCCACACUUGCAAUUCCUCUGCAACCACACCCGCCCGCUGCUCCUCCAGCAGCAGCUCCACCUGUGGCCGCUUCUUCCUCCACCACCCUGGCUGGACCUCAGCAGGGUCUCGCCUCCCCCAAACCUCCACCCCGUUCCCGCUCCUCUCAUGCUCUGCCACCUGAUGCUGACAAACCCGAGACAGCCCCAGCUGCACAGACAAAUGGAUUGAAUGGAAUCCAAAGAGAAGCACAAUGGAGGCCUGACCUUUUUGACACGCUCGCAUUAGACUUCCACUCGUCCUCUUCUCCCUCCUGGCACAGCACUCAGUCACUGAGCAGAGGCUCCUCCCUCCGUGCUCCACCCUCCAUUCCUCCAUCGGUGUUUUCCUCCACAACGCUGCCAUCGUCUUUCUCACACCAGCCCUCUGCUCUGUCAGACCUCCAGGCUCUGGAGUCGUCAUCCUCUUCCUCGCUUUCUACCCCGUCGCCGUUUGCCUCUUCCUUACUCCCGCCUCCGCCGGCGCCGUCUCGCAGUAGGUCGCAGGAGACGUUGCGUGCCUCCCCGAAUGCUUUCAUGACUGACCCCCUGCCAGCCCGACCCAGCAGCACCAAUCCUUUUACUGGACCUGUGACUCAGCAGCUCCGCCCGCUCACCCCAGACUUCAGUUUCCAGCAUCAAGCAAGCCUUCAGAAAACGUCCUCUGCUGUUACUCCACCGCUCGUCCCGACCCCCGCACCAACCACCCAACUCAAAAAGACCAUGUCCCUGUUUGGACCACCCUCUAAUCAAAAUUCCACAUCCCUGCUUUCUAACCGUCCUGAGGCAGCGACUGCCCCCCGUUUGCCUCUGGCUCCGCCUUCCCUUCAACUUUCCCUUGCAUCUCAGCCCCAACCAUCUUCCUUAGGGGCAAUGCCAAAAAGUCAGUGGGUGACUUUUGAUGACGAAUUGGACUUUUCAUCCCAAGCUAAAACACAAAACCCAGUCUUCCCAUCUACUUCAAUUUUAUCUCAAGCUCCAGCCCAACCCUCUCGCUCCGUGUUUGACUCAGAACGUGAGUGGUUAUCUUCUGCCACUCCUUCCCUGACAUCUCAGAAGCAGAUCCAGCCUUCUCGCUCCGUGUUUGACUCAGAACCUGAGUGGUUAUCUUCUGCCACUGCUUCCCUGACAUCUCAGAAGCAGAUCCAGCCUUCUAGCUCUGUUUUUGACUCAGAACCUAAGUGGUUGUCCUCCACCCCUGCCUCUCUGGUGUCCACACAGAAGAACCAUCCUUCUCGCUCUCUGUUGGACUUAGAACCCGAGUGGUUAUCUUCCGCUCCUGUUCCCCUCGUAUCUAAACAGCAGAACCACCCUUCUCGCUCUGUAACUGACUCCGAGCCUGAGUGGCUAUCUUCUCCAGCGGCAUUUUCACCAAACUAGAACUGUAACCAAUUCAUCCAAGCUCCCACAGGAACACGCUAACCGCUGCUUCUUCUUUAGGGAGUCCACAGAAAGAUAAUAUUACCCUUUAUUAUAAGGGCCAUAUUACAGAUAUGUAUAGAUCUAUGAUAAGAGCGUAAAUGUACGUAUGUGUGUUUGUGUGUAUGAACCAGAAGGACUGUAUUUUAAAGGGCAUAUAUCAAUCCCCUCUGAGCCACAGAAAAAGGAUUUCAUCUUGAGGCAGAACAAUGGAUGGAUGUUUGCAACAGCCACGUUUCCUUCAUCCCUCAGAUUUCCACGCGCUUUGAAUUGCUUUACUUGUAUUUAUUGCAGCAAAUACGUGCCUGUGUGUUGACAGUGUGUUCUAUCAGUAUAUCUAAAAAUCACAUGUGCAAUAUCAAGACACGGCAUCUGCAGCCUGUGAAGGGUUCACUGAAACAGCUUUACAGAUGCUUCAUGUGACUCGAAGCCAUCCUCAUCCAUCACUUUGACUCAUCUCAUCAGAGUUAAAUCUGAAGGUUGUAUGGACAUUUUUCUUUCGAUCCUUUCAAUGUUUACUGAAGAUUUGUUCUGUUUGCACUCUUAUGUUGCUACAAAGUGACUCAAUUUUGUUUUUUUAUCAGUUAAACUAAAUCGCCACAGGACUGAUGCUCUGUAAUAUCAUCCGAUUGUUGUUUUCUCUCUAUUCAGGUCGGCAUUCUUUGUCUGUAAGCUAAUAUCCUUGGCCCAGCAGUAUUUUUGGGGUCCAUAUCUGAAAUUAUACUUGGCAUUCUAAUGAUAGUGCAACACUUUCUCAUGGCAAUACUUGCAAGAGGAGGUACAACGUAACCGAUAUGCACUGACACGCUGUGUGCACUGUCCUGCCCCUGCUCUUAUCAGCAGAGCUGAUUUGGAGGAGAUGCUGCAGACAGAAUACACAAGCUCAGUUCAUUUCUAUUCUUGGUUUAGCCAAAACAUCCAAGCGUACAAUCAUAAACCGAGGACAAAGCAUGUGUGCGCGACUGUCUGUGUAUGUUUAUACAGUCAAACGAUGGCGGGACAUGGCAGGGAACACCAUGUCACGCAAAAUAAAGAGGGCACUUUGAUUUUACUUUUAGAAAACACAUUUACCAUUUCUAAGUUACAGAUACUAUAAAUACCAUGUAAUUGUCGCUGUGGUAGGAUGUGAUGUGCUGUAUUUACAGGUGCAAGUUUGUCUGUUGUGUUUGUGUUUGGGCGUGUGCAGAUUCAAGACUGGACCAGGGCUUAAAAGUCUUUUCUCUCUCGAACUAUACGCUGCGUGUUUCCUUGCAGAUUUAAAAACUCCACCUGCUCAUGAGACCAUGAUGUAACCGUUCCAGCUGUAGCCGUCCCUCUUGCUGUUGAUUGGCAAACUGAAUGUCUAAAUGUCUUAUAUUCCUCUGUAACAGCAUGAAAGGACAAUUCCCCACAUCGACACCUUGAUGUAUUACUGUUUUUAGUUUUCCGGUCGGAAAGAGUUGCCAGAAAACCUUUCCAGCUAACGAUUUUCAGCCACGCUGCAACCAACAUUCCAGUGAUGUGAACAGAGUCUUGGGUGUUAAAACUCCUCCAUGUUUUCAGAUCUUCCUGUGAUAUCUAUCCACAGCCGUUUAUUCUUGUUUAGCUCAUUUGUCGCGCAAUAUUUUUAGUUGGAAGCGAUGUCAGUAUUUCACGAUGUACUUGGCCUAACGUUUUAGAUACUAUUGACAAUUCAAUAAGCAAAUUAGGUCCAUCAUAGCACACAAAAGUCUGAGAUGACAUUUCCCCUGACCUUUGGAAUUGGAUAAUUUGUUAUAAUGGAUCACGGAGGAUAACAGAUUUAUUCAAAUACCAGCCAAGUGUUGCUUUGUGCUAUUUAUUCAUCACAAAAACAGUUAUUUACUGAAACAUUUGAAAUGUACACGGCUACAUUUUCUUACACAUAUUUAUUUACAUGUGUGCAGUAGUUACUGUAAUCAGCAGUAAAGAUAAAAAACUAGCCGGCGCUCUGUGUCAUGUCAUAAGUUUAAGGAAACAUUUCUCCUUCAGUGAAGUUUACGCCCUCUCCUAUUGUUAUAACCCAUAGUAAACAAGAGUCUGUGUUGUGAAAUAUUCUGUAUGUAUUUAAAUACAUAAAGCCGUAGUUCAUGUUAAUAUCUAAUGUUCCAUAUUUAAUGUGCACAGCUGACGGCACAUUCAUGUAUGAUGCAGUUUGUGUUGUAUGUAUGCAAAAAUAAAUCUAUGUCAAAUUGA